AUGGCAGCAUGGUGUGCGGAGAAUCUCCGCGACCUUGAGGGAUGGAAUGCUGCUGGAUUGACAUUGUCUACUCCGUCCAACGAAUGUGCAAAGUUAUUCGAUGGAGCACUGAGACAAAUUGUCUCAUGGUCAGAUUGCGAUCUCCUUGGAGGGCUUCAUUCGACACUAGAAAAAAUGAAAGCAGCUGACCCCAAAGCAGUGCUUCCGAGAGCUUUUCGAUGCGGCUUAGAGAGCCUCGGUACUGGUACUUGCAGCAGGGUUAACGAAACCCUAAAAACAAGUUUGGAGCAGCUACAAGAUGAUGCUAGAGAAUAUGGUAACGCAAGGGAACAAAAACACGCCAGAGCCGUUCUUCUGUGGGGAGAGGGAAAAAUGAGAGCAGCUUCAGCUUUGUGGGAAGAAAUCCUUACCGAGUACCCGACAGACUUGAUGGCAAUCAAAUUCGCUCAUGAAGCCUAUUUUUUUAUGGGUGACGCCAAAGGAAAGAGGGAUUCAGUGCAGGCCGUCUUGCCGAAACACAACGGGUCCGAGCCUUGUUACAGCUAUCUCCAUGGUAUGUGGGCGUUCGGAUUAGAGGAAUGUGAACAAUACGACGAAGCAGAAAAAGCGGCGGUGAAAGCUCUGAAUUUGAAUCGGUUUGAUUGCUGGGCGACACACGCACGUGCACACUGCAUGGUUAUGCAGGGACGUAACGACGAAGGCAUCAACUUUAUGGAAAGCACUGUGAAUGACUGGAGGCCAGGAUGGAUUAUUGCCACACAUAAUUACUGGCACAAUGCACUGUUCUACAUUGAAAAGGGAGACUACGAGACGCCGCUGACAAUUUUCGAUAACGAAGUGUGCCGCCGAGCCUGCAGUGGUAAACAAUCUGUGUUGGAUACGGCCGAUGCUGCUUCAAUGCUGUGGCGGUUAGAGCUUGAAGGAGUUGAUGUUGGAAAAAGGUGGCAUGAUCUCCCUAAUAUGUCAACGCAUUUGGAGGACCACGUAACUUGCUUCAAUGAUGCGCAUCUAGGAAUCGCUCUGAUGAGGCGAGAGGAAACCGAAAACGAGAGUCGUCUUUAUGAUUCCCUGGUUGAGUUCUCAGAAAAUACCGACGUAGACAACACGAAGGUCUCUCGCGACGUUGGUAUACCAUUGUAUGAAGGAAUGAGAAACUUUGGCAGAGCACAGUACGAUGAAGCUGCCGGUAAAUUGCUGCCGAUACGACACGAGAUCUAUCGGAUUGGUGGAAGUAACGCACAGCGGGAUCUGUUCGCACAAACGCUGAUACAGGCAUGUAUACUAUCAAAAGACCCAGCGCACUUCCUGCAAACGAGUACUCUUCUUGAUGAAAGAAGUUCACUCAACAAGAAUUCACUGAUAGGCGAGCGACUUGCUGCGAAGUUCAGGAAACUUCAUCCAAUGUAA